AUGGCGCCGAAGGGGGUCACGAUGAAGAAACCUGCUCAGUGGGUGGAGAGCCUCGAGUAUGGCCCGAUGACGAAACCAGCCGCUGCUCCUGUCCACGCGCCGUCCAUCUACGGAGGGGCGGAGGUGACAGAUCUACCCGACGGCACGUUAGACAUUCGCCAGGUCAGCCGUGCCCAACGGCGCGUGUUCCACCUCAAUCGCCACAGCAUUGACCCGAAGACCUUGGAGCGCUACGACUUCGCGAACAGCAAAGAGUGCCAGGUCCCCGGUACGACAAAUGAUAUUAGCAGCAUCAUCAACAGCUGCGUGGCGCGUGCGAGCGACUGGACGGCUGGGCCGACGAUCAAGGAGCGCAGUGGCAAGAAGGUGCUGACGCAGACGCGGGAGGACGAGGACACCCAGAGGGCCCAGGGCUACUUCGAGAAGGCGUUCAUCGGGCUAGUCUACCACGGGAAUGAAGGGCUUUUCAAGACAGCCAGGGCCGCUGGAGAGUGCGAGAACUACUCUGAGACUGGCAGGUGGUACACUACGGGCCACUCUGUGAAGCGCAGCCAGAAGCGCACGAGGGAGCUCCACGGGACCAUCUUGAUGGACGCAGCCUCGGAGAAGACCUUCAACCGCGCCAUGCUCGAGAGGAUGGCCGAGAUCGGCGACGAGGUCGGCUCCGAGAAGUGGUUUCGCACCGCGGUCAAAGACAGCAGCAAGGCCGAGCAGAAGCGCAUCCAGACGGCCGCCCACGCUUCGCAGGACGGCAUGCAGAUGCUCCAG